CAAAACCCUCGUCCACUUCACAACAUGGUAUCAGAGCACCGUGUUUGACGAACUGUACAUCGACGGAAGCUCAAAGCUGCGACGGAGCGACGCCAGCGUGAUCGAUUUCGCCGGAAGCUAUGACUGAUCCAACAUCACCAUAUUAUCUCGGGUCUGGUGAUCAGCCCGGGAAUGUUAUAACGCAUGUAAUUUUUAAGGGAGACAAUUAUGUGGCAUGGUCUCGGGCCAUUACUCUUUCUUUGAAGGCACGCCGCAAAUUUGUUUUUGUGGAUGGGACCGAGAAGAAACCGACGGAUGCAGCAGGACUACUCAAUUGGGACACCGUCAAUUCCAUGGUGGUGUCUUGGUUGUUGCGAAGCAUGGAACCCAAUGUCGCGGCGUCAAUUCCCUUCCACGAUGAGGCGCGUGCCCUAUGGGUCUAUUUGGAGAAACGCUUUAGCGUUGCGAACGGCCCGAGGUUGCAGCAGCUACGCUCGUCCAUAACGGCUUGCAAACAGUCUAAAAAUAUGACUGUGGACACAUAUUACACUGCGCUCAUGAGCCUCUAUGAUGAAUUGAACAGAUUGAAGCCGUUACAUUCCUGCACGUGUGGUCGCUGCACGUGUAACGUGGCUGAAAAGUUCGCUGCUGAUCGGGAGGAGGAGCGUCUUCACCAAUUCUUGGUUGGUAUUGAUGAUGAAAUCUUUGGAACGGUGCGUACGAACCUAUUGUCUCAUACACCUUUACCCGAUCUUGAACGUGCGCAUCAAGCCUUUCUUCAAGAAGAGAACUCGCGGGCUGUGGCUCGCGGUAAGCAGACGCAGGCAGUAGACGUCCAGGCUUUUGCCGUCACGAAGGGACGCCAGGAUCGAGUCGAUAAGACCAAGCUCGUGUGUACUCAUUGCAAACAAAAGGGUCACGAGAUUGGGGCGUGUUUUAAACUCCAUGGCUACCCGGAGUGGUGGGACGAGAGAAAUCGGAACAAAGGAACUGCUGCCGGUCGUGGAGGAGGGGCACGUGCACACGUCGUGACUUCAGCGCCGUGCAGCAGCAACGGUAUCAGCGUGGCCAGUGGAAGCGGGUCGUCCUCCCAGGGAGAGGCCAGUGCGCUGCACGAGCUAAGCAGGGAGCAGGUUCAGGCACUCUUGAAUUUGAUUAAUGUUGACUCUAGCUCAAGUGAUCGCAUGUUGGGACCUACACUCGAGGAACCUGAUUGGAGCAGGUGAACGGAGAGAUGGGCUAUAUUAUUUUCGGGGGAUUCCUGCGCUUCAUGCUGUUCACACUUCAGAGAUUUCCGAUUUCGAGUUGUGGCACCGGCGUCUGGGUCAUCCGUCAGAUAGGGUCAUUAAAUUAUUGCCUUGUUUUAUUAAUAGUACUUCUGCGAAAAAGUUAAAUAAAGCCUGCGAGGUGUGUCCGCAGGCGAAACAAGUUCGUGACUCUUUUCCUGUUAGUUGUUUUCGUGCUAGUCGUAUUUUGGAACUCAUACAUUGUGAUUUGUGGGGCCCUUAUAAAACCCCUUCUACCUGUGAUGCUGUUUAUUU